GUCUUCAGUCUCUUUGACCGACGACGAGAUGGCUUCCAACCAUGUCCUUUCCACGCUGCGAUUAGACAGCAUCGCGCCGUGGCGACUGGCCAUUGCCGGCUUCAUCGUACUCCCUCUCCUCUUCGCUCUCGGAUUCUAUCUAUGGGUCACGCCUAACACGCUCAAGGACUCACGUCGGAAGCAUCUUCCACCGGGUCCUCCUGGACUGCCAUUUCUGGGCAACUACUUCGAACUGUCCAAUGCGGAAACAUUUCGAUUCCAGGCCGUAAAAUGGGCCAAGCAAUACGGCGACGUCUUCUACACGAGGAUGGGCGGGUCAGACUACAUUUACCUCUCCUCGCCCACGGCGGUCAAGGAACUCAUGGACAAGAAAUCCGGCAUCUACUCUUCCCGCCCACCGGCGCCUCUCGCCAGCGAUGUCGCAUCAGCCGGGCGUCGUCAGCUGUUCAUGGCAUAUGGACCCCGGUAUCGAGUCGUGCGCAAGAUUGCCCACGCCUUGCUCAACAUCAACGUGUCGACGAGCUACCAGCCCGUGCAGGACUUGGAGUCCAAACAGCUCAUGUACGACUUGGUCCACGACCCGGAGCACUUCUACGACCACAACCGCCGGUACUCGAACAGCGUCAUCAUGACCGUGGCGUACGGUCAUCGCCAGAAGGACUGGGACAGCCCGCUCACGAAGAAGAUUUACACCGUCGUCAACAACUUGCAGCAGUUUUCCACCCCCGGGGCGUUUCUCGUCGACACGUUCCCCUCGCUCCGCCACUUCCCGCAGUGGAUGUUUGGCAAUUGGAGGAAGUUCGGCGAAAAGUGCUUCAAGCACGAUUCGGCCAUUUAUCUAGGCCUGUGGGGUGAUCUGAAGAAGGAGGUCGACGAGGGCAAAGCGGCGCCUUGCUUCGCAAAGGAUUUCUACCUGAGCGACCCGCAGAAGGUGGGCUUGGACGAGCUGCAGGCCGCGUAUCAGACCGGCGGCCUGGUCGAGGCCGGAUCGGAGACGACGUCGGCGUAUCUGAACUCGUUCAUCCUGAACAUGACGGGCAACCCUCACGUCAUGAAGAAGGCGCAGGAGGAGAUUGACCGGGUCGUCGGCGAGGACAGGCUGCCGGAUUGGGCGGACGAGCCGAAUUUGCCAUACCUCAGGGCCAUCAUCAAGGAGUUGCUGAGGAUGCGGCCGCCGAACAAGUUUGGCAUCCAGCACUACACGACUGCGGAUGAUUGGUACAAUGGCUUCUUCAUCCCCAAGGAUACCGUGGUCGUUUUGAACUGGUGGGCAAUCAACUACGACCCGGAACUGUGGGACAAACCCGAGGAAUUCAUGCCCGAACGAUUCCUGACCUACGACCUCCCGGCGGCGGCCUACUUGAACAUCGCGGACCCGAACCAGCGCGAUCAUUGGUCCUACGGGGCCGGUCGACGAGUCUGCCCCGGUGUGCAUGUCGCCGAGAAGUCGCUGUAUCUGAACAUUGCGCGCGUGCUGUGGGCGUUUGACAUUUCCAAAAAGGUUGCGAGUGAUGGGAAGGUGAUUGAGCCGAAUGCCGCCAUGGUCCCGGGCUGGAUGACCAUUCCUCAGCCCUUUGAGUGCUCCAUCACGCCGAGGUCGGACAAGAAGAAGGCCUUGAUCGACCGGAUUUGGCUGGAGAAGAAGACGGAGCUUGGCGAGUAACAGCGAGGUACAUGAUGGUACCUAAGGUGGCUGUUGUGUGUGUGCGUGGGGAGGGCGUGGAGAUUGAUCAC